AUGAGUACAGAAAUGCAGUUAAAGACCCAGCUACCCCCAAACUCCUCAAGAACCCAUGAGAACCCCUACAAGUACCCACCAACCCCCACAAAGACCCAGCUACCCCCAAACUCCUCAAGAACCCAUGAGAACCCCUACAAGUACCCACCAACCCCCACAAAGACCCAGCUACCCACUCACUCCACAAGAACCCAUGACAACCCCUACAAGUACCCACCAACCCCCACAAAGACCCAGCUACCCCCAAACUCCACAAGAACCCAUGACAACCCCAACAAGUACCCACCAACCCCCACAAAGCCCCAGCUACCCCCUAACUCCACAAGAACCCAUGACAACCCCUACAAGUACCCACCAACCCCCACAAAGACCCAGCUACCCCCAAACUCCACAAGAACCCAUGACAACCCCUACAAGUACCCACCAACCCCCACAAAGCCCCAGCUACCCACUCACUCCACAAGAACCCAUGACAACCCCUACAAGUACCCACCAACCCCCACAAAGACCCAGCUACCCCCUAACUCCUCAAGAACCCAUGAGAACCCCUACAAGUACCCACCAACCCCCACAAAGACCCAGCUACCCCCAAACUCCACAAGAACCCAUGACAACCCCUACAAGUACCCAUCAGCCCCCGAAGCCAUCCAAUCUAUAAAAAGUACUAAUCAAUCUAAAUCUUAA